AUGGCCGUGGUGAGCGCUGUACAAAGCCUCCAGGACGAGGUGACAUGCUCCGUCUGCCUGGAGUUGUUCACGGACCCGGUGAUGAUCGUGGGCUGCGGGCACAACUUCUGCCGAGCCUGCAUCGCCCAGUGCUGGGAGGGGGCCGAGACGGACGUCACCUGCCCCCCAGUCCCCUGCAAGCACAUUCUCCUCAGGCAACAGCUCCGGUCCCUCAGCGCACCCUCAAGUAGCCCUCUCGGUUAUGGUGCUGGGAAGAGACUCCAGCUUCUCCCCUCCAAGGAAAACGGAAACAAGGAAUUUCCCUUCCCUCAGGAACAAAUUCAGACUCAGCUGCAGCUGCUCAGGGGGGAGAGGGACAGGCUUGAAGCACUGCGAGGGAGUGAAAGCCAGAAACACCAGGAAUACCAGCAAAAGGCAGCAGCCGAGAGGCAGAAGAUUGUGGCAGCGUUUGAGCGACUGCGCCGGUUUCUGGAGGAACAAGAGCGAGUCGUGCUGGCCGAGCUGGGAGAGCUGGAGAGGGGGAUUGAGAAGAGCCAGGGGGAGACUGUCACCCAACUCUCCGAGGAGAUUUCCCAUCUCACCAACCUGAUCAGGGAGCUGGAGGGGAAGUGCCAGCAGGCAGCCAGUGACCUGCAGGACAUGAGGAGCACGCUGAGCAGGUACAAGAAGGAGCAGUUCCAGCUGCCAGAGGGGAUUUGCCCAGAGCUGGAAAAUGAGACUUGGUGUCUUCUCUGGACAAAAUUUAGCUCUCUAGGAGACUUUGAAGAAGUUUCAAGAGACUCUGCCAUCCGCCCUGGAGAAGGGCAAAGGGGGACCACAGGAAUCGUACACGAAGGCGACGGUGACUCUGGAUCCAGACACGGCAAAUCCCUACCUUGUUCUGUCUGCGGAUUGGAGAAGUGUGAGACGUGAAGGCACACGCCAGCGUCUGCCUUACAAUCCUAAGAGAUUUGAUACAUACUCGUGUGUGCU